AUGAGCAAAGGAAUAGCAAGAGUAUUCAGAAAUAAAUUUGGAUGUCCGAAAGAGGUAUUGCGACAGCAGCCAAGAAUUGGAAAAGCUUUGAAAUUGGAGGCUGAAGAACAACCCAAACGACGCAAAUGCAAAAAUGUACAAAAAGAAAUAAGAUUAAUUAAAAACGCCUGGUGGACUAAAGCGAAACAAAUCCAGGCAUUUGCCGAUCAAAACGACCAGCGAAACUUCUUUAAUGCAGUGAAGGAAAGUUACGGUAUUUCGAGAAGAAAAGUUUGCGCAAUCAAAGAUGCUAACGGCUUACUCCUGACUGAAGACUCUGACAUCAGAGCCAGAUGCCACUUUCCUAAACAUGGAAAGCAUGACCUGACCAAAGCCUUUGACUCGGUGAACAGAGAGGCUUUGUGGAGUAUCAUGGAGCGGUUGGGCGUCCCCAGAAAAUUUGUGAAUGUCUGCAGAAGCUUCCACCAGAAUAACAUGGCCAGUGUUCUUUACAAUGGUAAAACCACAGACGCCUUCCAGACUUAUACUGGCAUUCGACAGGGCUGUGUCUUAGCACCUCUUUUGUUUAACAUCUUUUUGGUAUCCCCAUCCAUGAUUGUAGACAGUAAAUUACUUUCGAGGGGCUUGGAAAUUCAAUACCGCUUCGAAGGUGGACUGUUCAACCUAAAAAGGCUGAGAGCGAGAACGAGAACGAAAGUCCUUACCGACCUUCAGUAUGCAGAUGACUGCGGCCUUACCUCAGACUGCGCUGACAGCCUGCAAAAAGUUUUGGAGACUUUCGACUGGGCAUAUAAUGCGCUGGGGCUGAAAAUCAACAUUGCUAAAACUAAGAUUAUGUGCACCCCACAAAAUGCUGAAAGGAUCAGCAUCGAAGACGAAGAUUUGGAAUAUUUUAAUUAUCUUGGAAGCGUAGUAAGCAACAAAGCCACCAUCGACGACGAAAUCAGAUAUAGAGUAGGUUCGGCAUCGAGAGCUUUUUGGGGCCUAAGAGAAAGAGUAUUUGACAAUCUCGACCUGUCAAUCAGAACCAAAGCGGCAGUUUACCGAGCUGUGGUAGUCAAAGAUAUUACACAUAAUAGGUGUGUAAUAUCUUUAGUGGUAGUCCCGACCAUGACAUAUGCGUGCGCAACGUACAGGCGAUAUCUGAAAACAUUAAAUCAACUGCAACAAAGGCACCUGAGGCAGAUAGCGCACAUCAAAUGGUUUCAUAAAAUCUCCAAUAAAGCUGUUCUCGAAAGAAUUAACAGCCAGAGCAUUGAUGUUUUAGUUGGCAGAGCGCAACUCAGAUGGGCUGGGCACGUUCAGCGUAUGCCCGAAAAAAGACUUCCCAAAUGCGUCUUGUACGGAGAGCUGGUGUGCGGGCAGAGAAGUGUAGGCGGGCAGCUAAAGAUAUAUAAAGACUCUCUUCAUGAGAAACUUAAACUCUUAAAUGUACAGAACGACUGCGAGGCUCUGGCAGAGGAUAGAUCGCAAUGGAGACGUGUUGUGAAUAGCUACAGAGCGGAAUUGGACAGACGUCGAAAUCCAUCAGCGCAAGGAAAUUUUGAAUGUCCUGAAUGUGGCAGAGUGAUCACCUCGAGAAUAGGUCUUUUCAUUUAUCGAAGGACCCACCGAAGAUAG